AUGUCACGCCUCUUCUUGCGAUAUGUUGUUCCACGUCGAAAGGAAGGAAUCAUUAACAUAGCAAUUGUUUGCUUGCUCCUGUUUGGAUUAUAUCUUUAUGCUAACAAGAAAAGUAGACAUGAUUCGGCUGUUCAAGUGCAACAAGUACAACAUCAUCCCAGGGACAUUGGAGAACAGAAUAGACCUGGCGCUCGCUACAUCCGUCCCGACUACUCGAAAAGCCGAACUGGCCCGGGAGAAAAUGGGCAUGCUGUCGUCCCGGGUGCUGAUGAGAACGAAGCCGUAGAGAAAGAUAUGAAGGAUUGGUUUAUGAAUGUACAUGCCAGCGAUAAAAUCUCCUUGGAUCGUAGCAUUCCGGAUGUGCGCCGUGAAGAAUGUCGAAAGAUUCAAUAUGACCUCAAGACGCUGCCCGAUGCAUCGGUGGUGAUCAUUUUCACGGAUGAAGCAUGGACCCCGUUGAUACGCACGGUGCAUUCUGUCGUCAAUAGAAGUCCUCCCGAAUUGCUGCGCGAAGUUAUCCUUCUUGACGAUUUUUCACAGCGAGAGGAACUGAAAGGACAUUUGGAUGAGUACGUGAAACAAUUUGAUGGCCUCGUCAAGAUUAUUCGCAGCGACGUUAGGCUUGGGCUUAUUCGUGCAAAACUCUUGGGAGGAAAACAUGCAACAGGUGAAGUCGUUGUUUUUCUCGAUUCCCAUUGCGAGGCCACUAUUGGCUGGCUUGAACCCAUUGUCGCUCGAAUUCAAGCAAAACCUUCAGCAGUUGUAUGCCCAAUCAUUGAUCACAUUGACGCAAAAACUUUGGCAUAUUCAGGUGAUCCGUAUGCAACGUCAAUUGGAGGGUUUUCUUGGGCUCUUCACUUCACUUGGGAAGGAAUGUCAGAAGCUGAGAGAAGUCGACGCACGUCGGAUACGCAAGAAAUUCGGUCCCCAACUAUGGCCGGUGGCCUUCUCGCGGCUAAUCGAAAAUAUUUCUUCGAUGUUGGUGGUUAUGAUGCAGAAAUGGACAUUUGGGGCGGUGAAAAUCUGGAGAUCUCGUUUCGGGUUUGGAUGUGCGGAGGAUCGAUAGAAUUCAUCCCAUGCUCUCAUGUUGGACAUAUCUUCCGUGCUGGGCAUCCAUACAACAUGACUGGACGUGGAGGAAACAAAGAUGUACAUGGAACGAACUCCAAACGACUUGCUGACGUGUGGAUGGAUGACUAUAAACGACUCUAUUACUUGCACAGACCGGAUUUGAGGACCAAAGAUGUUGGAGACAUUUCGGACAGGAAAGCUCUUCGUGAAAAGCUGCAAUGUAAAUCGUUCAAAUGGUAUCUUGAUAACAUCAUUCCUGGCAAAUUCGUGUUGGAUGAGGAUGUGCUUGCAUAUGGAAUGGCUUUCACCAAAGUCAGUGGCGUUAAAAUGUGUCUGGAUACCCUGCAACGGGACGAGAAGCUCAGUCAAAUGUUGGGCGUUUACCAUUGUCAAUCUGGUGGCAGUUCGGCCCAAGUAUUUUCCCUCUCCAACCAACGCCACUUGCGACGAGAAGAUAACUGUGCUCAAGUCGAGAAGGGAACACGAGAAGAAACUGGUAGAAUUCGCAUGCAAAGCUGUGCUAUUAAUCCACAAACAUGGACUCAAAAGGGCUCUCAACUUGUCAACGAUGCAACGGGACUUUGUUUAUCAACGAAGGAUCUAAAGCCUGGAGAUGAUGUAAUAGUUGUCAGUUGUGAUUCGUCGGACGCUCAUCAACUUUGGACAUUCCAGAAACCA